GGAACGCUUCAAAGUCACGGUGAACGACGCGGCCAGCACGUACACGCCUCUAAAGUCCAAACCGAAACGUGUCGAAGUGGAGGAACCGUGAGAGACACAGGUUUCGGUUGAAGCGAGAGAUGUCAUUCGGAAAUCAGACAUUCCUCGUGCGACACGUUGUCGACUCAUCGUCACAAGGAUACGCGGUCAAGAUGCGAUCGUGUUCAAUACUGAUUAAUCUCGUUUACAUUAUCACCGUAUCAUAUACGGUUUCGGGACAUCCCUUUUCAUUCCUGCCACGGCAUGCUGUCGAACGAGCUGCAGAACGUAGGAGCAUAAGCAGGCAAAUAAUAGAGCACAGCUCCAAUUUCCUAACACCAUUGGACUAUGGUGUACGAAAGCCUGUAGAACCAUGGACCAAAAUCACACAGAACCCAGUAAACGGCAUCGAGACUACUUUGGGAAGUAAAGUGGAAUUGGAAUGCAAAGCUAGUGGCAGCCCCCCACCGGAAAUUUUCUGGUUCACGGGGAGCGGCAGCUAUGAAGAUUUGGCCGCGUACGUGAAAGCCAGCACGCAUUCCUUGUAUGAUCCAUCUGAAGAGUGGAAAGGAGUGGCCAGAAUUAAUUCGAAACUCGUGAUAGAAUGCGUUACUCCAGAUGAUGCUGGAUUGAUCUACUGUGCGUCGGUUUCUGCGAGAGAGGUGAAGAUCUCUACUCCUACGGUGCUGCUGGUUAACCAUGAGGGUAGUACCGGCAACUGCAGUUCUGAGAGUGAUCCAAUAAUCACCCUUUACUCGCCAACAUUGGUAGCCAAUAUUGGAGCGACUGUUAUAUUGCCCUGCAGAGCAAGUGGAAAACCAACACCACAAAUCACUUGGUUGGAUAACUACAACGUACCUCUAAGCCUAUCAACUAACUUGCGACACAAAGUAUUGAGUAGCGGUGACUUAUUGAUAGAGGAACUCUUAUGGGAAGACAUGGGUGGCUAUACUUGUCAAGCCAAGUCUGAAAACCAACAACAAGUCGUCAGUACAUUCCUUUACCCUUUACGCCCUGAAAAGGAAGUGGCUCGAACAGUCAACUAAACAAUUGUCCCAAAAAUGAACCCAGUCAGUCCGAUCUCGGGCUAUCAUUGUAUGAUAUGCCGCAAUCUUCUUGCGCUAAAUUUCGCUCUUUGUUAGCGUUCAAAUGGUAUUGUUUUUUCAGUAUAAGCAUUAUAUAUAGGAUUAUACAUAUUACGAUACUGAACACAUGACAAUGCAUUUAAAAAUCAACGACGCUAUAUUUAGUAAUUAUUGAUUAAAACGCAGCCGCUAUUUUACUUAAAGUUCUAUAAUAGAUAUUAAGAUGCCAAAGAGUUUUUGUAUUUGAUUAUGAUAAAAAUUUAGCAAUUUUAAAGCGAUUUUUUAAAACUAUUUUAAUAUUUAAUUAUUAUCUAUACUGCGGUAUCUCUCGAAUGAGGUAUUAUAGUUUAAACGAAUUAUUUAUUUAUUGUAUAUGUACAUUGGAAGUGAAUUCAGUAGGCAAGCAUAACGGAAGAGAAGCUUUGAUUAAAGAGAAAAUCAACUGCUAAAUUCUAGAAAACUCGAUAGAAAAGAAACACGCUAAUCAUCCGACUUCGAUUUUUCUUUUACUUAUUACUUAUUAGUAUUAAUUAGUACUUUUUACUUAUUUUGAGUAUUUUAGUUUCUUAUUCGUUUGAAAUUAUCGUAAUCUAUUGCCUAUUAUGAACUGCUAUAUUUUUAUGUAUAAAUAAAUAAAUUUCAUUUCGUACAAUGUUUAUAAA